AUGUUCGAAAUGCCGAUACUCGAUGAGCGCAUUGACACAGUAAACGAGCCUAUCAACUACCUCACAUGGGAGCAUCACCCCAAUACUCUACACGUUUUCGAGUACCCAUGCUUGUUCUCCGCACAGCAUCUCGUAGCCUACUUCCGCACCAUCAACUUCACCGAAAUGAUGAAGCAGUACGACCAUACUAUGCGCACCCACCAAAUGCAGAAGUCGCUGCAGAUGUUCCUCAAAGAGCCUUAUUGGUGGAUUAUUAAGAGGAAAAUGAAGACUACCCUGAGUGAAUAUCUAGUGUUGGAUGUCAGUCGCGAAGAGCCUUUGAAGGACACGCUCGAUCAGCUGUGGGGACUAGACAAGAGGAUGUUGCUGAAACCGCUCAAGGUCAAGAUGGGCCACAACGAAGGAGAAGUUGGUGCGGAUCAUGGCGGCGUGACGUAUGAGUUCUUCCGGGUAGUCCUGAGUGAAGCUUUCAGGCCUGAGAAUGGUAUGUUCACGAUCGACCCACAGACGCGGAUGACAUGGUUCCAACCAGGCAGCUUCGAACCCCCCUGGAAGUUCCAGAUGCUCGGUAUACUAUUCAGUCUUGCUGUCUACAACGGCAUCACCCUACCCAUCACCUUUCCCCUCGCCUUCUACGAGUACCUCCAAACCACCGGCAACCCGCGCGUCGAAAGCCCAGCCGACUACGACCCCAUCGACUACAUCAGCGACGGCUGGCCCAGCCUAGCAGAAAGUUUCCGCACCCUCCUAUCCUGGAGCGACGGCGACGUCGCAGACGUCUUCAUGCGCGAGUACGUAUUCAGCUACGAAGCCUUCGGCCAGCCGAUCGACCAAAACCUAGGCGACAACUUCCCUGCGCUCGCUACAUCAAACGCGCCGAUCGAAGAGCCCGGUCUAGUCACCAACGAAAACCGUCUACAGUAUGUGAAGGACUAUGUCCGCGCCCUGACAUACAGUUCCGUCGCCCCAGGCCUCAUCCCCUUCCUGCACGGCUUCCUCACCUGCAUCCACCCAAAAAGCCUCCAACUCUUCACACCACACUCCCUCCGCCACCUCAUCGAAGGCACACAGCACAUCUCCAUCCCCGACUUGAAACGCUGCGCGAAAUACGAAGACGGCUACACUCCCACACACUCCAACAUCCGCGCUUUCUGGGACGUAGUCGAGCAUUACAGCCAAGAAGAAUUACGUCUCCUCCUUGAGUUUGUGACGGCGUCUGAUCGCGUGCCUGUUACGGGCUACGAGAGUAUUACGUUCCACAUUGUUAAGAUCAUGGGAAGCCCGGGGAGCUUGCCGAGUAGUAGCACGUGUUUUGGGAAACUGUAUCUGCCGGAUUAUGGGGAUAGGCGGGUUUUGGAGGGGAAGUUGGGGCUGGCGAUAAGGAACUCGAAGGGUUUUGGGAAUGUGUAG